AUGCGCGCGCUUCCCGCGGGCGCGUCCGCGCUCUUCGACGACGGGGCGAAGAAAGAGACGUACGAACGGUUUCGUGAUCGCGCGCGCGACCGUUCGGACGCGCGCGUGGACCGCGGAGCGGCGGAUGCGGACGUGUUCACGGAUGAUGCAACGACGAUGAAGGAUCCAAAGGACGACGCGCGGGAUGGGUGCGAGGGCGCGCGACCGCGAUUCGCGGCGUCGAACGUCGGUGAACGCCCUGGUGGACCCGGGGCGUCGACGUCGGAGGCGAGGUACGUCGUAGGGGUGAUUCGUGGACGAACGUGGACGAUGAGCGACGGUUGGAACGCGGCGAGCGGGACGUUCGCCGCGGAGAGCGAAUCGUUGGAUGUCGAUGGAUCGAAGCGAAUAUUUCGCGCUGGUGAGGACGGUGGCGUGAAGUUUGUGUGCGCGGACGAUUGGUCGGGGGAGCACGUGAUGAUUCUCGGGAGAGAGAGCGUAGAGGCGUCGACGGAGGGCGCGUGGUACAGACACGCGCGUUGGGCGAGCGGCGGCGGGGCGCGAAGGAUAGAGGGAUUGAGGGGGGUCGAAUGCUCGUGCGCGACGUUCGUGAAGUAUGCGAGCUCGGGUGAGAGCAGUGGAAGCGGCGCUGGGACGAUCGUGCGGGCGCUCGUGGGGACGGCAGAUGGUAGAGUGUUCGACGUGCGCAUCGAUUACUCGAGCGACGGAAAGCGAUUUGAGCAAGCGUGUGAGCGCGUGUUCGAGACGAAAGACUGCGAGAAGAUCGCUGGAGUGCGAGCGUUCAAACGCGGGCGAGGAGUGGACAGUCGUCACGGUGCGUUGAUCUCGACUUCGCGCAGGUUGUAUGCUUUGGUUGGAUCAUACUCGUUGGAGUCAGUUUUUGCCAAGGCCCGCGCGAAACCGGGCGGCAUCGACGCGGUAGUAGAGAUGCCGGUAGCGAGCGAUACGAGUGAGCUGUGCGUUUGGCAACGUCGUCGUAAAUCACCGUCCUCUUCAUCCGAUUGCAUGGCGUGGCUUACAGGCGCUGGAAUCUACCGGGGGACGUUGAAUUUUAACGUCGACGACGCGUCAAGUGUCUUGGAGCAACACGGUGUGCUUCCGUUUCCGCAAACGGACGCCGACGACGUGGGACCAAUUUCUCUCGCCAUGACAGAGCAUCAUAUUUUGCUGCUCUAUUCAAAAUCCUUGAUCGCCGUCAACGCCAUCACGGGCGACGUGGAGGGAAAGAUCCAGCUUCCGUCAGGCGGCGCGUCCACCUUCGCGUGCACAGAUCCAACGACGGCUGUAGCGUACGUCGCAAACGAACGAAAUUUGCUUCAAAUCGUCAUCACCAACGAGGACGCCAACGUCUGGCGCGUUCACUGUGACUUGCACGAUUAUGAACAGGCAAUAGCAGCGUGCAAGUCUGAGCUACAGAGGCAGUUUGUGUUCACGCACAAGGCGGAGCGCAUGAUGAAGAUGAAGCGGUACGAAGACGCCGCAGAGGCCUUUGCUAGAGCCAGUCACGCGCACUCGAUCGAAGACGUGGCGAAGACGUUCAUCGAUCUGAACGCGCGAGAUGCCCUCUAUGCAUACAUUGAGGGACGGCUCCGAGAGCUCCCAAGUGAUGACGUGGCACGACGCUUGAUACUCGCCACAUGGCUUCUGGAGGAGCGUCUCAAGCUCGCGAGCGUUUCGCGAGAUGCAAAAAACGACGCCAAACUUCGUGACUUCUUGCGAGAAUACUUCGAUUCGCUGGACGAGCGAGAGACGCUUCGCAUGUUGAGCGAGGCAAAACGCUUGGACGACGAGAUGUACUUCGCUGAGCUGUGCGGCGAUUUCGACAGAGUUUUGGACCACUUUAUGCAGCUCGGCGAUUCGAGGAGGGCGCUAGAAAUCAUCACUUCGCAGAGGGUGCCGCGCGAAACGUCUAACCGCGUCUUGCCAGCCCUGAUUGAGCGUCUGCCGAAGGAGACAAUCGACUUUCUACUCUCGCGUGGACAAGUAAGCGAGGACAUGAAAAUAAUUGGCCCACUAGCUCGCGAAGAGAGGUUGUUCGACAAGUCAAGUGACGCCGCAAAGACUAUCUUGACGCACUUAGCAAGAUAUUUGGAAACCAUCACGGCGAAAGAGAACGGCAUGGCGCGAAGCGACGCCGCCGCUCACAAUUUGUUGCUCAACUUGUAUGUGAGUCAAAUUGACUCAUCACCGACCGUCGUGACGACGUUAAAUAGAUACAUCCUCGGCGCGGUGGAUGAAGGCACAAAAGAGCCGUUCUACGACGUGCAGUACGCAAUUCGCAUGUGCGAAAAACACGGCGCGCAUCGUAGUGCGGUCUACGCGUAUUGCAUGUCAAGGAAUUACGACAUGGCGAUGCAUAUCGCGCUCUCGACGCUUCAAGACAUCGAACUGGCGAAGAUGGUCACCGUGAAAGCUGCCGAGGCGCCGUCGGGAGAUUCGAACGAGGACGAAAUCGUGCAGAAGAAGUUGUGGAUAGAGAUUGCGAAGUGGUCCAUUCAAAAGUCUGGCGUUCUGCAACAGCAUGCGAACUCAGAGAGUGAGGAAGAGCGUAGUUCCGCAAUUCGCGGCGCUUUGAGUUUUCUGAAUGAGACUAAUGGUGCGUUACGCGUGGAAGAUAUCCUUCCGCUGCUUCCAGACUUCACCGUCAUCGACGACGUCAAGGAUUUGGUGUUAAAGUCGCUCACAGAGCAUCGAUCAGAGAUCGAGCAUUUGCGAGAAGAACUCGAACGUAUCACCGCGUUCACGCAAGAUGUACAAGAUGAGAUAGAGGAUCUCGAACAAAAGACGUACAUCGUCAAGAAAGAUCAGAAGUGUCUCGAGUGCGGCAGGCCCGUCGUCCGUUUGCGUCUCAUGGAGCACGCGGAUGAUGCAAAUCUCCUUGCGCCAUUUUAUGUUUUCCCGUGUGAGAUGGCAUAUCACACGGAGUGCUUGAUACGACGAGUGCUUCCACUCAUGUUCCCAGACGAGCGUAAACGCGCGCUCGCUUUGAUGCGUUUGCUCAAGGUGCCGCUGCCACGUCGGCUCAAGCCCGAGACUAAAUUCUGGGGCGCCCCUCCAAAGGCGGCGACCGGACUCACCGCUGAAGAAGCCGUGGGAGAGCUUGAGGAUAUGCUUUGUGCCGAUUGUCCCGAUUGUGGCGCUUUACACCUUCGUCUAAUCCACGAACCUCUGCUCACUCCAGAGGAGCAGGCGCUCGACGAUGCGCUCGCCGCGCAGCUUCCAGAGUCCUGGCUUGAUCCGUUCGAGGCUGAGGUCGAUUUCGAUUCGGACCCUGUCGAAGUGAUUCCGUGGGAGGAGUUCAAAGAAAUCAAGCUCCCGGACGGAUGGCCCGACCACGAAUUCUUUCGUUCCUAG